AGAGAGAGAGAGAGAGAGAGAGCGGCAUUGAGGUGACAGCAGUGGCUAGCUUUCACACAACAAGGAAGUACAGGAUAUGUCGCUCAACUGAGAACAGGCAGACACAGAACCGUGGAUUUCUCCUACGAGAUUCCGGACUUUUCCAUCCAGCUCCAGUGCUCACUGUGUCAGCUAUGUGUCCUCUUGAUGUUGAUGUCCAAGCCGCUUCCUCUGAGAUGAGUGGAGGCAGCUCAAACCUGUCUGCGUGUACUCCUUCAGCCUCCUCAGCGUGAGCCCACAUCAGCUGGUUAUCACUGCCAUCGGUUAUAUUUGCGUCCCAACAUGGCCACUAUUCCUCCAGGGAUCCGCCUGCUGGUGUCCUUUGACAGGGACCAGUGGUACAGAGCACUCACAUUCAUCCUCACCUUCCUGCUCUACACCAGCUUCCACCUCUCCAGGAAACCCAUCAGCAUUGUCAAGAGUGAGCUUCAUAAGAACUGUUCAUCUGCCAGUGAGAUCGCCACCAUUGCCUCCAGCAGCAGCAGCCAGCAGCCCUCCCUGCCCCCCCUUCACACAGACAUAGACUGUAGCUGGAAACCUUUUGAGAAAAGGAACUACAAGCAGCUGCUGGGAGCCAUGGACUACUCCUUCCUCUGUGCCUAUGCAGUUGGAAUGUACCUCAGCGGCAUCAUUGGGGAGCGUCUGCCCAUUCGACUGUACCUGACAGUGGGCAUGCUGACCAGUGGCCUGUUUACGUGCCUGUUUGGACUGGGUUAUGUUUACAACAUCCACAACCUCGGCUUCUAUAUAUUUGUCCAGGUGGCCAACGGCUUGGUCCAAACCACUGGCUGGCCCAGUGUAGUGACCUGCAUCGGAAACUGGUUUGGGAAAGGAAGGCGUGGACUCAUCAUGGGACUGUGGAACUCUCACACUUCAGUGGGAAACAUCCUGGGCUCACUGAUCGCUGGCUACUAUGUCUCCUCCAACUGGGGCAUGUCCUUCAUUGUACCGGGCCUCAUCAUUGCCUUCAUGGGCAUCUUCUGCUUCCUCUUUCUUAUUGAGCAUCCAAAUGACCUGAAAAGCAUGUACGCUCAAAAUUGUUCUCCAGGCAAGAGUGUUCCAACCAAAGGUUGGAAUGGAGUAAAUGGACACACUGAGGUAUAUCUGCAGUACAAGGACAACAAAACCCAGAGUUAUGAUACAGAGCUGUUGUUGCCCAGGGACAGUGUGUGUGUCCCCACACAGCCAGUCGUCGUGGUGAAGAGGGAAUCAGAGCCGUCUGCCAUCAGCUUUAUGGGAGCGCUACGCAUACCAGGAGUGAUCGAGUUCUCUCUGUGUCUGCUGUUUGCCAAGCUGGUCAGCUACACCUUCCUCUUCUGGCUGCCACUCUACAUCACCAAAGCAGCGCACCUAGAUGCCAAGAAGGCUGGAGAUCUCUCCACCCUGUUUGAUGUGGGAGGAAUAGUGGGGGGGAUCUUGGCAGGAGUAAUCUCUGAUAAACUGGGGAAGAGAGCCACCACCUGUGCAGUCAUGUUGCUGCUGGCUGCUCCCACACUGUAUGGCUUCUCCAUGAUCAGUCAGUUUGGUUUGGGGCCAACCAUCGGCAUGCUGUUAGUGUGUGGAGGCCUAGUCAAUGGACCAUACUCCCUCAUCACAACUGCAGUGUCUGCUGAUUUGGGGACCCAUAAGAGCCUGAAAGGCAACGCCAGAGCAUUAUCCACUGUCACUGCCAUCAUCGAUGGCACAGGAUCUGUAGGUGCAGCACUGGGCCCCCUGCUGGCCGGACUGUUGUCUGCAGGUGGCUGGGAUCAGGUUUUCUAUAUGCUGAUGAUGGCUGACUUCCUUGCUCUGUUGCUUUUGCUACGGCUAGUGACAAAGGAGCUGACCUCUUCUAAAUCCCGUCCCAUCUCUGCUGUAGAGCUGAAGGAGCACUGAGCACUUUGAUUGCACCGUCUCUGUGUGAGUAGCAGACACACACACAAAGCGCAUUGAAACCACUUGCCUGAAAGAACUGGACUGUCCUGGACACAAGACAAUUUCCAUACAUCACACACACUGCCAGCACAGCAGCUUCUUCUAUAUUAGACUGCAGUUGCAUCACUGAGGAACAGCUGAAGCCAAAGUUCUGGCUCAUGAACCCAGAAUAACUGCAGCAGAUUUCAUUCUGGAGGGUUCAUCUACACAGACUGUACUUGCACACAGAAAUGCACUCAUGCUCAAGCUCUUUCUCACCUAUUUCUCUAUUGACUUAUUUCCUAUGGCAACCAAUUUGAGCUUGUCACAGUACCUGCUCAAUCUACUCAAAGGAUUGUCCAAUGUCUACAACUACAACCUUACUUAGACAUUUAUUUAAGAACUAGAAAUGACAUCUAUUUAUUUUGGAUAGAAACAGCAACUUCCACGACUGUGUCCUUAUGGAUCCCACUGUCCUUAUCCUCCUCUUCUACAGUGGGCUUUCACACCGCUGCACAACUGUCACCUCCAGUCAUUUCCAUAAGCUAGUAUGGAGCCUGAUACGGCCUUAAAGGUACCCUGUGGAGUUUCUUGCCUUUAGUUACACUAUGGAGCAGUUUUUUAUGAAGGGAAUCGUGUCCUCACAAGUUUUUUUGUGUGUUAUAUGAGGACACAGCAAGUAAGUCAACAUAAAUAUCAACAACGCAUGAGUCAGAAUACAGAGAAAUCAGCUUUGCAGACGCUUCAUACACCAACAGUUUUGUUGGAGCUCCAGGAUGCACAGAGUGCAAUUUGGUUUGUAACAUUAAGUGAAAAUACAACUUUUCUUUACAAGAAAUUUCCCUAAAAUCCAAAUAAAAUCUCACCUAUCUUUAGUAUCGAUCAAGUGGGAUUGUUUUGGUUUUAUCUGGGUUGAAUUUAAAUUCAGUUUGUGCAUCUGACACUAUUUAGUGACAUGACAUUCAACAGCAUCAUCUUUAGUGUCCUUAUUAUUUUGACAUAAGCUCUUCAAAAGAAAGUAGUUGCUUUGCAGAAUAAUGGGAACACUGUUUCUGUCAGUACAUGUUUUUUAAAAAGGUUUAAUAUCAUAUUUUAUUGCUUUAAAAACAUCAAAUUUCAAUUGAAUUGAUUGGUGUGGAAUCAGAAACGGUAACGCUAACACUAAAGGACAGCGUGAAAAUAUGUUUGCAGUUGAUCUAAAUGGACCCUUUAACCUUAAUGGACACACUAAUAGAUUCCUUUGUUCAUUCAUAAAAACUGUUUCCAUGUGACAUGACAGCCAUGACAGAUGAUAUUUCCUCUUAUAUCAAUCCUGUCUUUUGCUGUGUUAGAAAGAUAUAUAUUAAAUCUCCCACUCAAAGAGGGGACCAGCUAAAUUGUGGGUGAUGGAGCACAAACCACUACUAACUUUUGUCUA